AGACAACAUUGAGCAGGAUAUUAUUUUGACGAUUGCAACUGCUAAAACUUUGUUAAAUAAAUUUAAUACUAAAGACGACUUAAAGCGUGAAUCAUUUGUACAAGAAAGCCAAUGUAGUCUCGAUCAAGAUUUAAAUGUUAAACUACCUAAAAUUCAAAUUCAAAAAUUUUAUGGUGCUUACUUUCGUUGGUUGGAGUUUCGCGAUACCUAUUUGACUUUAAUACAUAAUAAUGACCGCGUCCCGAUAAUUAAUAAAUUUCAUUAUUUGAUUUCAUACUUAGAGGGUGACGCGGCGCGAAUUAUUUCAAAUCUCGAAGUGUCAGCGGCGAAUUAUAAUAACGCUUGGAGUUUACUCUUGGAGCGUUAUGACAACAAAAGACUACUUAUCCACCAUCAUUUAAAUUCUUUAUUUAACGUACAAAAUAUAACACGGGAAUCAGAAAAAUCAUUGAGAUACUUAGUUGAUCACGUCUCUAAGAAUAUUCGAGCUCUGUCAACCCUGGGGCUGCCUACAGAGCAUUGGGAUAUGAUUAUCAUAUUCAUGUUGUCUUCUAAACUAGACAACACUACCCUACUAAAAUGGGAGGAGCUUAGUAAUACCAUUAAUGACGUACCGAAGUUAGAUAAAUUUUAUAAUUUUUUAAAUAAUCGUGCUGAUGUUCUUGAGUCAGUAAAUAGAAAUAGAAUUAAUAAUCAAAAUAAAAAUCAAAAUAGCAUUACUUCAAAUGACAAUAAAUUACAAAAACCUAUUAUACAAACUAAAAAAAUAUUUACACACGUUAAUCAAAAUAAACAAAAUGCAUUUUUAUGUAUUAUUUGUAAUCAAAACCAUAAAAUUUACGAUUGUGAUAUUUUUAAAUCUAAAAGUGAACAAGAAAGGUUUGCUGAUGUGGCAAAGUAUAAACUCUGUGCUAAUUGUUUGCGCCAAGGUCAUCCUACUGCUGAAUGUCGAAUGGGACCCUGCCGUAAGUGCAAGGGUAAGCAUAAUACCAUGCUUCAUAAACCUACUUCAGAGGACCAGACGAAUUCAUCUGUUAAUUUUAGUAAGCAGAGUAAUAAUGUUCUUUUAUCAACAGCCUUAAUAGAAGUUUGCAAUCCGUACACGGGCAAGGCAGAACGUGUUAGAGCAUUAUUAGACUCAGGUAGUCAAUCGUCUUUUAUUAGUGAGUCAUUAAAAAAACGCUUAUCUCUCUCUUCUAAUCCUAUUGACAUUAAAGUCAUGGGUAUUGGCAAUAAUAUAGCGAGUAAUAUAGCCGAAAGCUGUGUAGUGACAAUUAAAUCUUUGAAUACUUCAUUUUGUACAACUUUUUCUUGUUUUGUACUUGCUGAAUUGACAGGAGAACUACCUAACACUCUUAUUGAUAAAUAUAUUUUCAAAUUGCCUAAAGAUUUAAAGUUAGCCGAUCCAUCUUUUUAUAUGCCUGGACCAGUUGAUUUUUUAGUUGGUGCAGAUAUAUUUUGGAAUCUAUUAAAAUGCGAUCAAAGGGUAUUAGGUCCGAAUUUACCAAUUCUAAGAAAUUCCUUGUUAGGUUGGUUGAUAGCAGGUCCAAUAAAUGUAAACGUUAAAGAACAUAUUUACUGUAAUCACACUAUUACUCCUAAAGGUAAUAAUAAUUCUGAAAUUGACAAUUUAUUAACUAAAUUUUGGCAACUUGAAGAGGUUCCUACUAAAACCGUUUUAAGUGAAUCCGAAAAGACUUGCGAAGAACAUUUUCUAAAUAAUACCUUUCGCACUAACACAGGUAGGUUUUGUGUAAAAUUGCCAUUGAUCGAUACGCCAGAUUGUCUUGGAGAUUCAUUUACUUUGGCUAAGAAACGAUUUCUUUACUUAGAAAAACGAUUUCGGAAAAAUUAUCUUUUGAAAUCACAAUAUAUAGAUUUUAUAAAUGAAUAUGCCGAUUUAGGUCAUCUAUCAGAAUCUGUUAUUUCAAAUCCGGAAAACUCAUAUUUCUUAUGUCAUCAUGCUGUUUAUAAAGAAAGUAGUGAAUCAACCAAGUUGCGAGUUGUGUUUGAUGGCUCUGCUGCAACAUCAUCAGGCUUUUCUCUAAACAACCUUUUAUUGGUGGGGCCAAACCUACAGGAUUCUCUUUUCUCCAUUUUAAUUCGUGCAAGACAACAUAAAUAUCUGUUAACUGGUGACAUAGAAAAGAUGUAUCGACAAAUACUUGUUAACGAUACUGAUCGCGAUUUGCAGCUUAUAUUAUGGAGAAAAGGCGAGUCCUUACCCCUCAAAACCUUACGUUUAAAUACCGUGACUUACGGAACGUCAAGCGCGAGUUAUUUGAGCACGAGAUGCCUAUGGCAGAUUGGUGAUGAAUGUGAGAAUAGUCUAAUAAAAAAUAUUAUACAGAAGGAUUUUUAUGUGGAUGACUUAAUAACAGGUGCUGAUGAAGAAAAUCAAUUACGUUUUAUUAAGGAUUCAGUAAUUAAAGCGUUACAUACAGGUUGUUUUAAUCUACGGAAAUUUAAGUCAAAUUUGCCAAAUUUUCAAAAUGAUGGUACGGAUAAACAAGAUAAUUUAACUUUCAGUGAAUCAUCGAACGCACUCGGACUUGGUUGGAAUCCAAACAAUGACAAUUUGCAUUUCCCUAUAAUAUUAGUUUCAAAAUCUGAAUUAAUAACUAAACGCAGUAUCAUGUCAAAUUCAUUCAAAAUAUUUAAUCCUUUAGGACUACUCAGUCCAUAUAUUAUUUUAGUUAAAAUAAUAUUACAAAUGUUAUGGAAGGCCAAAGUUGAUUGGGAUGAGCCUGUCCCUAAUGAUAUUAAAAUGAAAUGGGAAAAUUUUAAUGACAACCUAUUAUAUUUGUCUCAAAUGCAGAUUCCAAGACGCACUAUAUGUGAUUCUCCCACGAUUAUAGAAUUUCAUUCUUUUAGUGACGCUUCUGAAGUCGCAUUUGGUGCUUGUAUUUACAUACGCUCUGUAGACCAAAAUCAUAAAUUUAAUAUAAGGUUUUUGUGUGCUAAAUCGAAAGUUGCACGUUUGCAACCUAUGACCAUACCAAGUUUGGAGCUUUGUGCAGCUCUUCUAUCAGCAAGGUUAACUAAUAGCGUCCUCAAGUCUAUAAGGUAUAACCCAGCUCGUGUUUAUCAUUGGUGUGAUUCCAAGGUGGUUCUGGGUUGGAUCAAUGGCAAUCCUAGUAAAUUAAAAACAUUUGUGGCAAAUAGAGUUGUCGAGAUCAAAGAGACCACAAAUAUCUCAUCAUGGCGUUAUGUUCCUACUAAAUGCAAUCCAGCUGAUCUUAUUUCAAGAGGCGUUGAAGCUAUAAAUUUAGUGAACAACGAUCUAUGGUGGUCCGGACCAACUUUUCUUAAUCAAUUAGAAUCCGAAUGGCCAAUUACUAAUUUUAAUUACAAAGACUUGCCUGAAAUAAAAUCUGCUGUUGUAAUUAAUUCAACUGAACCUAUUAUAAAAAUAGAAAAUUAUUCAUCCUUCUCAAAAGUACAAAGAACCAUUGCUUAUGUCAAACGUUUUAUCUAUAAUUUAAAAAAUGCGACUAACAGACAUACUGGUUAUUUAAGUACUAAAGAAUUAAAUGAGGCUUUUUUCUUUCUGUGUGGCAUCGCUCAACAACAGAGUUUUCCACAAGAAUUAAAUACUUUGGCCAAUAAAUGCAGCCUAAGUCCUAAAUGUAAAAUUUUAUCUUUGGCGCCUUUUCUAGAUAAUUUAAAUUUGAUUAGAGUAGGUGGAAGGAUAGAUGCGUCAGAUUAUAAAUUUGAUAAAAGACAUCCAAUAUUGUUAGAUUCGUCUCACCAUUUAACUAAAUUACUUUUUAAUCGUGAACACAUAGCUAAUCUUCAUGCAGGUCCUCAGCUUUUAGUGUCAAUUGUGAGAGAACGAAUAUGGCCUUUAAAUGGAAGGCGUCUAGCACGACGCACAGUCUACAACUGUGUUCGAUGUAGACGAAUUCAGGGUAAAACUUUGUAUCCAAAAAUGGGUGAUUUGCCAUUACAAAGAGUUACAGCUGAUUUCCCUUUCCUCUCCGUUGGCAUAGAUUUUGCGGGACAUUUCCUAAUUUUAAAUCGCAAGGGACGAGGUGCUAAGACAAUAAAAUGUUAUUUAUGUCUCUUUGUUUGUCUACGUUACAAGUGUAUACAUCUAGAAGCCGUUAGCGACUUGUCAAAGGAUGCCUUUAUUAUGACACUUCGAAGAUUUGUUGCGCGUCGUGGUAAGCCCAUCGAAUUUUUUUGCGACAAUGGCCGUAAUUUCGUAGCUGCGGCUAAAGAAAUCGUUUCAUUUUUAAAAUAUAUUGCUGAACCUAUAUCUGAUUAUGCGGCUCAGGAGGGUAUAAAGUUUAAUUUUUCGCCAUCGUAUGCUCCUCAUUUUGGCGGCAUUUGGGAGGCUGGAGUAAAAUCGGCAAAACAUCAUAUUAGGCGCGUUAUGGGAAACUCGUAUCUAACGUUUGAAGAGAUAUCUACUCUCUUUGCGCAAAUUGAAGCCGUCCUUAAUAGUCGUCCUCUUUGUCCCUUAUCCUCAUCUCCUCAUGACUACCUUCCGCUCACUCCAGGGCACUUCCUUAUUGGAAGACCACUACGUGCAAUACCAGUAUCUGAAUCUAUUUUAGCGAAUGUUAACGAAACCCAAUUAAGCAGAUAUGCACGUGUUGAACUUAUACGCAAACACUUUUGGCAAAGAUGGCAAAGGGAAUAUUUGGGCGAAUUGCAACAGCGUGUUAAAUGGAAAACUAAUAUGUCUAAAUUAAAUGUAAACGACCUUGUUCUGUUACAAGAGGACAACACGCCACCACUAUCUUGGCGCCUUGGACGAGUUCUUCGAUUAUUUCCUGGAUCAGAUGGUAUCUCCCGAGUCGCGGACAUCUCUACUACAACCGGUUGCGUAAGGCGGCCGCUAGUGCGACUCUGCCCGAUACCUACUGUGGACGAUCUAAAGGCGGGGAAGAUGUUACGGCUUCAGGAAGCGCCUACUAAAUAAAUAUAGCAAUUCCGCAUACACUAAUUCAUUUUACAUUACUUUUAAUUUUUUACCUACCUACAUAAAUAUUUUUGUUUUUAUAUAACUUUUUACUAUCGAACGAACGCUGUGUCUCUGUAUCAAAAGUGAAUAAUAUACUUUUACUCCGAG